AUGGAGAAGAAGGUACGAGUCAAGAGAGAGCGGUGCAAGUCCCCCAGGAGGGAGGCCGACAGCAGCAGCCGCGGCGGCGGCAGGGUCAUCAACCGACGUCGCCCGCUCUUCCGAGGGGUUCGCAUGAGGAAAUGGGGGCGAUGGGUGUCGGAGAUCCGGGUCCCCAAGAGCCGCACCAGGAUCUGGCUGGGAUCCUACUCCACCCCCGAGAAGGCGGCUCGAGCCUACGACGCCGCCGUCUACUGCCUCCGCGGCGACCAGGCACGCUUCAACUUCCCGGAGGAUCGAAUUCGAGGCCUCCACAUCUCCGAGGAGCAGCGCCUGGCGCUGGCCGCCCACGAGGUGAAGGCCAUCGCCAUGAGGCACGCCUUCUCGGUGCCGCUCGACAGCACGCCCCUCUCAUCCGCCAAUGUCGCACCAUCUUCCCAAGAAUCCUCGUCGUCGGCGUCCACCGGUGCAUGCAGCGCCAAAGUGCGUACGGCGACGGGUGGCGAUUCUUGGUGGGAUUCGCAGGACCCUGAUGAAUUCCUCUUCGUAGAUGCAGCUGCGAUAGAAGAG